AUGGAGCCCCUGUCUCCCACAAACCAUACCACCUGCCAAAGUUUUCAGCGCUUCAUGAUUGAAAUCCUUGACUUUCGCACUGACAGUUUUUGCACAUGUCUCACUGACGAUUGUAAAAUACUAUGUCAGCGUUAUCCUGAUGUGGCUAAUCAGAUCCUCGCCUGCUAUGCCCAAGUUGAAGAAUUUCGUCGAGCUCUUCUGCCGUCAUUUCGAGAUAGUGAGAGGCCGCGUCAUCGAGAAACAUACUUCAAUGGAGAUGGAAACAUUCCUGACAGUAUCGGGCCUUCUCCAAUGCUCGACCCGAGAACAGCUUCGCCCGGAAGGAAUGACUCAUUAAUAAGUGCAGUUGAACACACGGAUUUUCCAGAAUACAACUAUAAUCAAGGGCAGACGAACUUUGUCCCCGCUUACUGGGACACUAGCUCAGAAAAAAGCGUUGAUACUACUAACGACGAAGAUGCACCGAGCAGGACGGAUGAAAUCGGUGAAUUGGUCGAUCCGAACGCUGGCCUAACAAUUCUAUCACCCAUGAUGGUUGACUCAAAUUCUCAAUGUAAGAGCGGUCAAGAUCAAUUCCUUGACAGAGAGUCGGGUUCCGAAAUUGAUGUUAAUUUCAACCGAAGAGCUCGUGGGUAUGGCACUGAAAACAUUCCAGACACACAGAAUUAUAGAUCUCCUAGUAUUGAUUCUGUGCCCCUCUCGCCACAAGACGAAGCACAGUGGCAAGGAGGAACCUCAUCUGUGGAUUUCGAGGCCUAUAACGCAGAACAAGACGAAGAAGGAAGCGAGAGCGAAGUACAAGCUGCCGCUGAAGAAGGUAUGGAAUAUGGAGAUGCCGCUAGGAGCGGUAGUAGGAAAUACCAGAACGACGAGGCGCAACGUGAUAACGAACCACAACCAGAUAACAAGGCAGAGCAAGAGGACGAACCACAACAAGAGGACGAACCACAACCAGAGGACGAACCACAACCAGAGGAAGAACCACAACCAGAGGACGAACCACAACCAGAGGACGAACCACAACCAGAGGAAGAACCACAACAAGAGGACGAACCACAAGAGGACGAACCACAAGAGGACGAACCACAACCAGAGGACCUACCACAACCAGAGGACGAACCACAAGUGGACGAACCACAACCAGAGGACGAACCACAACCAGAGGACGAACCACAACAAGAGGACGAACCACAAGAGGACGAACCACAACAACAGGAUUCUGAGGAGCACACAGACAUAGAAGAAUCGGAUGACGAGGACUACGAAAGCCAGACUUCUAGCGCGACCCCGACUCCAGCACCACGAAAACAGUUGAGAAUUUCUGCGAGGAGGGCACCUGCUAACUCUGUUGACAAAAAGAGACGUUCAGCCAAUCAUCAAUCCAACAAAAGACCUCCUGAGGAUAGCCUUCCUGAAGUUCCUCCCUCAAAACGAACCAAAUCGGCAACCCAGGUGGAGAAGGAGCUCCGAACACCAGGUGCUACUACUAAAAACUACUCGGAAAACGCCGACGAUCAGUCCUUUUGGGAGAAGUGGGACAUGGAACGGGCAGCUAUGACCAACGAAAAUCAACACUCUGAGUGGUCUGUCAGUGGUGUCCGGGUAUGGAGACGUCUCUCUGAGAAAUACAGUUCAGGAUCUUCGCGCGGUCGAAAGGGACGGGAGACGCCCCAGCGUCCUGUAGGUAAACUUGCCACGAUGGUCCUAGCGGUCGCCAAUUGCUAUGCCUUUGAGACGCUGAAGGAGGCCGUGGGCUUUGUGCAACAUCACAGAGCAGAAGCGACGUUUGAAAUUUUCAGUGACGAUCCCAAGAUUCUAAUGGAAACCGUGAAUACUAUUGAAAAGGGAGGCCACUUGAACAGCUACAUCCGACGAUUUACAUUGGCGCGUUUGGCCAACAUUUACCUGGGAUCAGUGGCCAAUGGGGGACGACUAACACUCGACGAUGAUAGAGCGUACCCGUCCCAACGGGCCGCGGGAACCAACGCGCACAAGGCUGCGUCCUACAAUGCUAUGAUCCUACACAUCUGGGGGGUGCCAUUCCCUGAACAGAACAAGGGUGCCAAAAUGACAAAACGAGGCUUGAUUGAUUCAUCUGUUGCUGAUGCGUUGCAGUGGAAUAAGUGUAAAGUCCGACUCCGUCACCAAAUCGAGGCCGGCCAGCGCUGGCUUGGGCUGGCCAAAAGAUUUGGCUGGCCCACGCUGGGCUUGAUCACACGAGAUUGGUCCGUUGGAAACAGGAAAGUGGUCGCCAGUGAUACCAUUUUCGAGGAGCUGUCGAUUUCAGAAUACGAUCGCCUAUUAGACGAAAUUGACGCUGAGAAGGGGCCCUUCCUUCGACAAGUUGACACAGCGCAUGGCAUGAGACUUUUCGAUAUCUUGAAGGAUCCGAAUCGGGCGAAAAAUCUUCGUUUGUUACAGCUGAACGACCAGGAUAUCACCAAACGAGCGGACAGCGAUCCACAAUGGAUCAAUGAGUUAACCUCAAUUUCUGACAAUCUAGUCUACUAG